GCCGGCGGGGCGCUCCCGGGCGGCAGUGGGCACCCGGGACGCGCCGCCGCGCCAUGACCCUCAAAGAGUCCCUCAUCUACAGCGGGCUCAGCGCCCUCUUCUCUGUCUUCUGCUGGUUUGUCCGUUUUGCGUGGAAGCGCUGGCGCAAGAAGAAGCGCGCCGUUAAGCCGGAGAAAGGCACCGAGGCCAGCAGAGACGAGCUGACGGAGGAGGUGCAGGACAUCCCCUUCACCGUCUGCGGCAACGUCAUGAAGGGCGCCGGGGACAGCGCCAUUCAGGCAUUCGCGGAAGGCGAGUCCCGGCGCUGGUGCUGCUGCUUCCGGCCGUGGUGCUGCUGCCGGCCGUGGUGCUGCUGCCGCUGCCUCGUCUGAGGGGGGUCGACACGACUGAUGAGCAAAGGAUCCCGACCAACUUCGAGGAAAUGAAAUAAUCGUUCGGCCCGCACCACGGUCGGGUCGGGUCGGGCCGCACAUGACGUCGCCUGGCUAUAACCCGGUUACAGGAGGGCGGCUCUGGUCAAUAGCUUCCCCGCACAUCUGAUGGGGACGGGCCGUUCGCAACCGCACGCAAUCCGUCCCAUGUGGCUCCACCGCCCCGCCGGCCCCGCCGGCCCCCGCCGCUCCCCGCUGGGGCCCCGCCCGCCCCCGUGCAUGAGUAAUAAGAGCGAGCAUGCGCCACUGGAAGACCUCCAAUAGGACGUGUCGCCGCGGCAUUAACCAGGGGGCCUUGGACGUCGACAGCUGCAGCAGCUGAGGUCCAUCGGCUGCAGCUGCUGGCAGCUGGAGAUGCGGCAGCUGCGCGCCCGUUGAAUUAAAGUCGCCGAGAUGCGUUAUUCAAAAGGUUAAUGAAAUAAUCAGAGUGGGACACGAAUCACAGGACCUUAGGAGCAUCAUCAGCCGCAGAUGAAGAAGACGCAAGCGUUCAGCUGCAGCUGCCCGCGGCCACGCGCAGCUGCGCACCUGCAAAUAAAGACGUCGAGGGGCGCGCGCGAGCGUGCAAGGUUAGUGAAAUAGCGGUGCGGGGCACGUCGCGCGGAGCCUUUGUACCGCCUUUAUAUUGGCCAUCAAUCCAGACUAUAAGGUGGGGCGGGGGCGGCUGAGCGUGCUGGGGCCCCCGCUGGCCCCGGAGCCUGGCGCGGACGUGGCUUCGACGGCCAGGGCCGGGCAGGGCUGCUGCUGCCGCUGCUGCUUCGACGUCGUGGCUUCCGACUGGCUUUGGCCGCGCAAAGCCCACUAAAAACGACGAUCAAUUUCUUUAGGUCGACAGGUUUAGUGCCCCGCACUCACCCCGCCCCCGGCUCUUUUCGCCUGCUUCCGGGCCCCGGAUGCGUCCGACCGACGUCAACUUCUCAGCUUAUUAUGUCGGUCAAAAGGGAAAUGCAAUAAAAUGUGUUGCGCGACGUUCCCGUCGUCGCAAAAGUGUCGCAGUUCGAA